AUGGCGGAGGCUGUGCGCCCCGAGGACUACUGCGACGAGCCGGCGGAGGACGACUUCGGGGAGAUCAUCAAGUGUCGAUCUGCAGACAUGACGGACAGGUCGCUGAGGCUGCAGCGGCUCAUUGUGUGUCCGCGGCUGCAGCUGCUGACUGGAAUUCCACCCGGAAUUCUGGCUUCAGCUGCCGGGUACAGCAAGGCUUUUAAGGGCUUCAUCAGAGAGACAGGGAAACCACCCGUGGCGGAUCUGUUCUCAGACCUGUGUGAUGGACGACGCCUGCUGGAGCUGCUGGAGGGGCUGUCAGGACAUCAGCUGGUUGAACUGGUGAAUAUCGGAGCGACAGACAUCGUUGAUGGGAAUCACAAACUGAUUCUCGGGCUCAUCUGGAGCAUCAUUCUCCACUGGCAGGUAAAGGAUGUGAUGAAGGAUGUGAUGGCGGGCCUACAGCAGACCAACAGUGAGAAGAUUCUGCUGAGUUGGGUUCGUCAGAACACGCGCCAGUAUCCUCAGGUCAACGUGGUUAACUUCUCCAGCAGCUGGAAUGAUGGAUUGGCCUUCAAUGCCCUCAUCCACAGCCACAGACCUGAGCUUUUUGAUUGGAGCUCGGUGGAGAAGAAGACGUCAGCGAUCGACAGACUGGAACACGCCUUCAGUAAGGCAGAACAACACCUGGGCAUAGACAGACUGCUGGACCCUGAGGAUGUGGCGGUGCCCCGACCGGACAAGAAGAGCGUCCUCAUGUACGUGACGUCGCUCUUCCAGGUGUUUCCCCAAAGCGUUUCCAUGGAGGCCAUCAAGGAGGUGGAGACUCUGCCGAGACCCGGGACAGCGGCCAGCAUCCGCCGGACGACAGCAGAGGAGCACUACCAGAUCCAGACCCAGCAGCGCUUCUCUCAGCAGAUCACAGUGAGUGUGGCUCAUGGGCGAGUGCGGAGUCCCUCCCCUCAGCCUCGCUAUAAAAGCUAUGCCUACACCCAGGCUGCCUAUGUCAAGUCGCCCGAGCAAAAGAGGAGGCGUGUUACUGAUCAGUUCCUGACGCCCAGCCAGGAGGAGCUGCAGCGGGGCCUGAGUCCACUUCCUCCAGGCUCCACCAGCCUGGAGAGCUACCAAGCUGCACUGGAGGAGGUGCUGACGUGGCUGCUGUCGGCUGAAGACGGACUUCAGGGCCAGCCUUCCAUCUCCAGCCAUGUGGAGGAAGUGAAGGAUCAGUUUCACACACAUGAGGGCUACAUGGUGGAGCUGACCAGCCACCAGGGCAGCGUGGGGCGGGUCCUCCGGGCGGGCGCCGCCCUGCUGUCCGAGGGGAAUCUGAGCGACGAUGAGGACUCGGAGGUCAGGGAGCAGAUGAACCUCCUGAACUCGCGCUGGGAGCACCUGAGAGUGGCGAGCAUGGAGAGACAGACCAGACUCCACGAGGUCCUGAUGGACCUACAGCACCAGCAGCUGCAGCAGCUCAUGGAUUGGUUGGACGUGACGGAGGGACGGAUCAAGAGGAUGGGGGCUCAGCCUCUGGGCCCGGACCUGGAAGACAUCAAGCACCAAGUGGAAGAGCACAAGCUUCUGCAGGAGGACCUGGAGCUGGAGCAGGUGAGGGUGAACUCGCUCACCCACAUGGUGGUGGUGGUGGACGAGAGCAGUGGAGACAGUGCCACCGCGGCCUUGGAGAGCAAACUUCAGUGUAUGUUUGACUCCUGGCUGAGUCAGAAGGAGGAGCUGGUCAGCUCCAUCAAGACCUCCAACCUUAAGGACCAGGCCGAGAUGGUGGCUUGUCUCCGCCGUCUUGCUAUGGUGAAGGCAGACCUGGAGGUGAAGCGUCCCACCAUGGACAAGCUGUGCUCUAUGAGUCAGGACCUGCUGUGCAGUGUAAAGAACAAGGAUGUGGCCAACAAACUGGAAGCCAGACUGGACAGCUUCGCCCAGCGCUGGGACCGACUGAUCCAGAGUCUGGAGAUGAGCAGCUCCCAGCUGUCAUCGACUAUCAGUGUGGCCCAGCACUCCGAGCUGACCCACUCUGUCACGACCACCGUUACCAAGGUGACGACAAGCGGGAAGGUGUCCGCUGUCCGCCAGACACGAGAGUCGCCGCCACCACAGAAGAAGCGUCCGGUCGUGGUCGACUCUGAACUCAGGAAAAGGUUUGAUGUGGACUUCACAGAGGUCCACAGCUACAUGACCCGUGGGGAGGCCAUCCUCCAGAGCCCGGAGUUCUCAGUGUCCCGAAAGGAGGGCAGCAUUCAGGAGCUGUAUGACAAAGUGCAGGCGAUCGAGCGCGAGCGGCCAGAGAAGUACCGUAAGCUGCAGGAGGCAACACGCACGGCCCAGACCCUGUUUGAGCAGGAGGGAAGCCGUGCUGAUGACAUUGCCCAGGCAGCCGAGCAGCUGAACCAGCGCUGGGUGGGAUUCUGUGCCCUGUUGGCAGACAGGCUGGCAUGGCUGGCUUACCAGACAAAGGUGCUGUCCUUCUACAGCUUGUAUGAGCAGUGUGAGCAGGCAGUGGACGUCAGUGAGAACUGGCUCAAGGUCCAGGCGCCUCCAGCCUCUGAACCAGAACCACUGAAAGUACAACUGGACCGAUGUCGAGAGGAGGUGUCUCGCCUGGCCUCCCUGCAGCCUCAGGUGGACUUGCUGGAGAAGCAGCUUGCCUUCAAAGAGCACUACCAAGAAGUCCUGGAGAACCUGAGGGCCCGAGAGAGGCAGCUACAACUGGUUUUGGAGAGCUUGCCCCCGGCUCGUUAUAAGGAAACCAUAUCAGUGCUGUUGGCAUGGUUACAACAGUGCGAGGCCAAGCUGGCCAUCCCGUCCACGGCCGUUACAGAGCAUCUUAUUAUGGAAGAGAGACUGAAGGAUGUUCAGGACCUCCAGGUGGCGCUGACUGAACACCAGGGGGAGGUGGACUACCUGACCUCCACUGUGGACCAGGUCUUCCAGAAAGCUCCACCAGACAUCAGCCAGAAGUAUCGGAUAGAGAUGGACGCCGUCAUGGCGCGUUGGAGACGACUCGGCACAACGCUGGAGGACAACGCCCAGAGAAUCCAGGAGCUCAUGGCCAAACUGAUUCAGUUUGAGAACGAUGUAAAGACUUUAAAGAAGUGGAUGGCCGACGUGGACGUCUUCCUGAACGAGGAGUGGCCGGCGCUGGGAGACUCUGAAGCUCUGGAGAAGCAGUUGGAGCAGUGCACAGCUCUGGUGAACGACAUCCACACCAUCCAACCCAGUGUGAACGGCAUCAACGAAGUGGGUCUGUACCUGAAGAAAGAGGCCGAGCCGCCGUUCGCCAUCCACAUCCAGAAGCAACUGGAUGAGCUCAACGCCCAGUGGGAGAACGUCUGCAAGCAGGCCUACGCGAAGAAGUCCGCUCUGAAAGGAGGCCUCGAUAAGACCAUGGCUCUGAGGAAGGAGAUGCAGGAGAUGCAGGAGUGGAUCAACCAGGCCGAGGAGGACUACCUGGAGAGAGACUUCACGUACAAGACCCCCGAGGAGCUGCGCAAGGCCGUGGAGGAGCUCAAGAGGGCUCAGGAGGAGGUCCACUCCAAGGAGCUAAAGGUGAAACUCCUCACCGACAGCGUGAACAGCUUCAUCGCCAAGGCCCCGCCCACAGCCCACGACGCCCUGCGCUCCGAGCUGGACGUGCUGACGGCCAACUACCAGCGCCUGUGCAGCCGCCUGGAUGGGAAAUGUAAAACUCUGGAGGAGGUGUGGGCCUGCUGGUGUGAGCUGCUGUCCUACCUGGAGCAGGAAAACGCCUUCCUGGAUCAGCUGGAGCAGAAACUGGACGAGACAGAAAACCUGCAGGGAGGAGCAGAGGAGCUGCAGGAGGCGCUGGAUGUGAGUGUGGUGUGGGAGGAGAGGGUGCACACCCCCAUGCAGGGGACUUUUGUUAAAGAGGACAAGAGCCUGGAGGUUCUUCUCCGUCACCCAGAGGACAACAGGAACCAGAUCCGAGAGCUGGCCCAGACGCUGAUGGACGGAGGAGUCCUGGAUGAACUGAUUCAACAAAAACUGGAUGCGUUCAACACACGAUGGGACGAACUUAUGGCCAGGGCGCUGUUCAGGAAGAAAGAGCUGGAGAAGAGCGUCCAGUGGGCUCAGGAGAACGACAAGACCCUGAGGGAGCUCCAGGAGGCGCUGGCUAACACAGACCGCCACCUCUCCUCCUACCUGACUGACCACAUCGACGCCCAGCAGAUUCCACAGGAGGCUCAGAAAAUCCAGACAGAGCUGAGUGGACAUGAUGUGACUCUGGAGGACAUGAGGAAGAAGAACCAGGACAAGGACUCGUCCCAGAGGGUCAUGGGACAGAUUGACCUUACACAGAAAAUGUUGGCAGACGUGUGGACGAAGUUCCGGCUCUUCCAGAAGCCGGCCAACUUUGACGCUCGGCUGGCGGAAUGUGAGCGAGCGCUGGCCGUGGUCAAGAGUCAGGUGGGGGUGCUGGACAUCCGCAGUGUGGAGCAGGACGUGGUGCAGUCGCAGCUGGAGCAGUGCAUGAAGUUGUACAAGAUGCUGAGUGAAGUGAAAGGUGAGAUAGAGACGGUGAUAAAAACCGGGCGGCACAUCGUCCAGCGGCAGCAGACCGAGCAUCCCAAAGAGCUGGACGACAGGGUGACCGCCCUGAAGCUGCUCUACAACCAACUGGGGUCGCAGGUAACUGAGAGUAAGUUAGAGCUGGAGAAGAGUCUGAAGCUGUCGAGGAAGUUGCGUAAGGAGCUGAACGGGCUGACGGAGUGGCUGGCGGCCACUGACGCCGAGCUGACCCGGCGCUCUGCGGUGGACGGCAUGCCCAGCGACCUGGAGGCUGAGGUGGCCUGGGCACAGUCCAUCCAUGAUGAGACGGAGCGGCGCCAGCCCCAGCUGCAGGCUGUGGUGGACCUGGCCGAGGCCCUGAAGGCCGUGCUGCGGGGCCACGACGGCCUGGUGGACGACAAAGUCAGCCUGCUUCACUGCAACUGGAUCGCAGUCACAUCCAGGGCAGAGGAGUGGCUCAACCUGCUGCUGGACUAUCAGCGGCAGAUGCAGAAUUUAGAUGGAACGAUAGAGGAAGUGAACAGAUGGAUCGACGGAGCGGAGAGAAAGAUGGAUGACUUGGACGAACAGGGAACCAACGACGCCGUGUUGAAGGUUUUGCGUGCGGAGCUGGAGCUGACGAAGGUUAAGAUGGAGGAGGUGAGGACUCUGGCCCAGGAGCUCAUGUCCACCAGGGGGGAGAACUGCCAGGCUCAGGUGGGACCCAAAGUGCAGCAGCUCAACCAGAGAUUUGACACCAUCGCUCAACGCAUCUCCUCUGGACUGGAUUGUGAGGAAGGUGCAGUGAAGGAGUUACUGUUGAAAGGAGAGAAUCUACAGAAGAGAGUCCCAGACCUGGACAAGAGAGAGCAGAUCCGAGUGAAACAGAACCAGCUCAACAGCAAGUACAACACCGUCAAGGACCUGCGUUUACUGAGGAACAGGAAAGCGUUGGCUAUCGCUCCCCAGUGGUACCAGUACAGGAGGAAGUCACAUGACCUGCUGGCCUGGCUGGACGACAUCCAGCGCAGCGUGGACCAACUGCCCGACCCCCCCGAGGGGGAGAGGGUCAAGGAAAUUGGCUCAGAGUUCGACAAGAAGAAGGAGGAGCUUAAGGAGGUGCAGGGCUUAGCCAAUCAGCUCUCAGAAGCUGGAGCCGCCAAUCUAGUGGAACCCCGCCAGCUCCAGCUCAACACGCGUUGGGUUGAGGUGGAGGGCAAGUUCAGACCCUUCAAAAGACAAUGUGAGUACAUGACAGGGCUGCAGGCGCUGCUGCGUUCCGUAUCGGAGACGGACUUCAAGCUGAACUCUCCUGAAUACUGGCCUGCGGCGUAUUAUAACCUGCCUCAGCAAGAGCAUUGCCUGAAGGAGGGGAAGGAGAGCAUUGACAAGCUGCGCGGCCCGGUGGAGGGAGCGUUGGCCCACAGAGAGGAAAUGGUGUCGAGUGCACGGCCUCUGGAGGGUCAGAGGAUCCAGGAGACGGCCUCCCUCCUCAGCACCAACUGGGACAAACUGAACAAGCUCUACCUGGACAGACUGAAACGUUGGCAGGACUGCAACUCCAAGUGGCAGAAGUUUGUUUCGGAUCAGAAGGGGGUGGAGGAGUGGCUGAGUGACGCUGAGGGCACUUUGAAACUGGCUGAGACGGAUCCAACAGACCUGACAGAGGCCAUACCUCUCCAGGAAGUGGUGCUGGGCAGAGUGAACUCGGCAGGAGAGGACAUCAGCCAGUUGAGCACACCAGAUGAUGCCUUGCGGCUCCAGACACAUCUCAAAUUACUCAACACUCGCUGGGUUAACGCCUGCCAGCAGCUCAACGAGCACAAGAGGAGGUCUUCAGAGGCUCGUACAGCGGCUGCAGCGCUGCAGGAGGACAUGGGCUCCAUGCUGGGCUGGUUGGACAAGGCCGAGGGCGUCCUGGCCAUCCCUCUGCAGCCUGCAGAGCCACAGCACAUCAGAGACACUCUGGGCAAAGUCCAGGCCCGCGUGGAGGAGCUUCCUGCCAAGAAGGCGGCGGUGGACGAUCUGAACUCCAGGAACAAACAGAUAACACUUCCUGCUGACAAACAGAAAGACAUCAGGAUCGUCAACAGCCGCUGGGCUCAGGUGUCCAGGGCUCUGCCCGAGCGUCAGCUGGAGAUUGAGGGUCUCCUGAGGGAGCUGGAGAUGCUUCAGGGUCAGGUGGACGACCUGGCAGCCUGGGCGUCCAGCACCAGAACCCGGCUCGAGCACAGCCCGGAGGAGCCACCGCCCCGGAUCAUGGAGGAGGUGCAAGUAAAGCAACCAGAGGUGGAAGUUGUUUUGACGCGAGCUGAUCAAAUGUACAAGGACACUCCGCCCAACCAGCCAGACAAGAUGAAAUGUUCCAAGCUGAGAGAAGACUGGACCGUGAUCCUGGAGCUGCUGCGGCAGCAUAGAGAGAGAAUGGCUGCUCUCCUGGUGGCCAGAAAAACCACUGAAACUCUGACAGCAAGUUCCCAGCCUGACUCUGCGGCGCUGGCUCAGUUCAACAAGUCCUGGGCUGAGCUCACUGAUUGGCUGACCAUGCUGGACAACAUGGUGCAGAACAAGCGAGUGGUGGUGGCCGACCUGGAGGACAUCAGCGACAACAUCGGCCUGCUCAAGGACUCUCUGGGGCAGCUGGACCAGAAGCGUCCCCUCCUGGAGAGACAGGUCACAGCAGCCCAGAACCUGAAGAACAAAACCAGCAAUCAGGAGACGCGCAACGCCAUCACUGAACGCAUCGACCGGCUCCAGACUCACUGGGAGGACUCGCAGACCAAACUCUCCGACCGGACGAAGCAGCUCCACAACAUGCUGCAGGACUCCACCGAUUGGCUGGACGCAAAGAAGGGGGCGGACCAUCACAUCAUGGUGGCCAGUGAGAGGCUGGAGUCCUGGCAGGAGAUCACUUACACAGUGGAAGCACUGAAGCAACAGAAUGCUGAACUGAAGUUCUUUCUGAAGGAGUUGCAGCAGGGGCAGGGUCAGGUGGAUAAAACCAACGCACUAGCUGACAAACUGCUGACACUGUACGCCAAUGACGACACGCACAAGGUCACUCAGGUCAACGACAACAUGAUGGCUACUUGGACACACAUCAACAAACGGGUUUCCGACAGGGAGUCUGCUCUGGAGGCGGGUCUGAAGGUGCUGCAGCAGUUCCACCUGGACCUGGAGAAGUUCCUCAGCUGGCUGACGGAGGCUGAGACCACCUGCAACGUGUUGAUCGACGCCACCAACAAGCAGAGACUGCAGGAGCAGCCUGAGGCCGCCAGGAACCUGCUGGCACAGUGGAGGGACCUCCAGGCAGAGAUUGACAGCCACACAGAGCUGUACCACUCCCUGGAUGAGAAUGGCCAAAGGAUUCUUACCUCGCUCGACGACUCGGCGGACGCUGCUCUGCUCCAGAAACGUCUGGACAACAUGAGCCAGCGCUGGAACGACCUGUGCAACAAGACCCUCAGCAUGAGGGCCCACCUGGACUCAGAGAUGGCCCCCUGGAAGAGGCUCCACAUGUCCUUGCAGGAGCUCCUGAACUGGCUGAGGCUUAAAAGUCAACAGCUGGCUCAUGAGCCGCCUGUGGGGGGCGAUGUCCCCGCCGUGCAGUCGCAGCUGGACACACACCGGGGAUUCAGGAGGGACCUGAGAGCUAAGGAGCCAGUUGUGACGAAGAGUCUGGACGAUGUAGGAGUCUUUCUGUCAGAACUGCCCCGAGGCACACCAUCGCCUGAUCAGAGAGAUAUCAGCCCUGAAGAGCGCGCACACAAUGUGGGGCGAAUCCUGCGCAAGGAGGCCGAUGACGUGGUUGUCAAGUGGGACCAGCUCAACGCUGACUCGGCUGAGUGGCAGCGGAGGCUGGAGCUGGCUCUGGACCGGCUGAUGGAGCUCCAGGAGGCGGAGGACUUGUUGGACGGCCAGCUGAGGCAGGCGGAGAUGGUGAAGGAGGCGUGGGAACCAGUGGGGGACCUGCUGAUCGACUCUCUGCCGGAGCACAUCGAAAGAGUCAAGGAGUUCCAGGAAGAGAUUGCUCCGAUUAAAGAUGAUGUAACUCACAUGAACCAGCUGGCGUCCACUUUCGGCCCCCAUGACAUCCAGCUGUCGCCCAACAACCUGGAACGCAUCGAAGAGCUCAACACACGCUGGAGACUGCUGCAGAUCUCCAUCAGUGAACAUCUCAAGCAGCUGACGGACGCUCACCGCGACUUUGGCCUUCUGCACGGGUCAGUAGAGAUCCCCUUCGAGCAGGGCGUCUCCCCCAACAAUGUGCCCUACUACAUCAAGUAA